CAGAAGCACCCCGGAAGCGAGGUUGGCGGCGGCUGUUCGUUAAGGUGAGACCCUCCACCCCGCGCCUCACCACGGUUUCGGGGCGCAUCGUGCCGUCUACCAACGCUUGGCCCCGUAGGGAAGGAUCGCUUGUCGGUCCGGACCGAGUCAUACAGGUCACGCCGCAUCGUGGGUCCCAGGUUUGGAUGAAUAAAAUAAAGCAGUCAUAAUCUAUCUCUAGAAAACUUAUUUAUACCCUGGCAUUUGAAAUGUCUUCUAUUUAGAAUAGCAGUAAAAAUGGAAAAAGAGAAAGUAAAUGAUGAUGAAAAACCAGACCCAGAGAAUUCCCUGGACUUUUCUGAACAGUUUAACCAACUUGAACUGUUGGAAACACACAGACACCUUAUUCCUACUGGUACCCCAAGUCUCUGGGCAGGCAGUUCUGAUGAAGACGAGGAGCAAGAUGAAAAAACAGAAGAGUGGUAUCAAUUGCAAGAAAAAAAAAUGGAAAAAGAUCCAAGCAAAUUGCUUCUUUGGGCUGCUGAGCAAAAUCGGCUAAGUACAGUGCGGAGACUGCUUUCUGAAAAGGCCGCACACGUGAACACGAGAGACGAAGACGAGUAUACCCCCCUUCACCGAGCAGCCUACAGCGGACACUUAGCUGUUGUGCGUGAGCUGAUUGCACAGGGAGCAGAUGUGCACGCAGUGACUGUGGAUGGCUGGACGCCGCUGCACAGUGCUUGCAAGUGGAAUAACACCAGAGUGGCUUCUUUCUUGCUUCAGCAUGAUGCAGAUAUCAACGCCCAGACAAAAGGCCUCUUGACCCCAUUACAUCUUGCUGCUGGGAACAGAGACAGCAGAGAUACCCUGGAACUCCUUCUGAUGAAUCGUUACAUCAAACCGGGUCUGAAAAACAACUUGGAUGAGACGGCAUUUGAUAUCGCCAGGAGGUCAAGUAUCUACCACUACCUCUUUGAAAUUGUAGAAGGCUGCACAAAUUCUUCACCUCAGUGUUAACAGCUCUAGUAACUUUCCUAAGUUCCUAAGUACCUGUGCCUCCUUGUGUGAGAUGUAAAAUAUUCAAAUACAUAAUACAAAAUUGGCAGCAAAAGUCUUACUACAAAAAUUCAGUGGUAUUCAUUUUAACUCCCUUCCAACUGAAUUGCCUGACCUUGAUGUCAAAAUGUACUUUAAGGUUUUUUGGUGUAUCGUUAACAAUUUCUGUGGCAUUUGUGAUUUUUACCAGAAAUAACUUUAACUUACCUAUAUUUAAACACAACACAGAUUGUACAGAAAAAAAUUGUAUUUUUAGUGCUGAUCGGAGAGACAUGUAUUUUAAAUACCCCACAUCUUAUAUCUUUGUUCAGUUCUUAGUAUAUUGACAUGUAUUUUUGUAACUCCAGCUAAAUCCUUAUUAAAUUUUUCCUUUAGUGAGUACUCCAUUUUUUCCAGGUGAGGUAGCUGCGAAUUUAAUGAAAAAGUCUUAAAUACACUGGUGCAGUUCAGCUGCCUUCUUUACAUUGCCAUAGCCUGUUGCUUUCAUUUUAAACCAGAAGGACUAACAUAUUAGUGACUCAAAUUACUCUGUAAGUUAGAAGAACAUAAAAAAGCCCUAGGUAGCUUUGUCUUUUAGAACAUAGAUCAUUUUCAGGAAAGCACCUGGGUGGAUGUUAAAUCCCCACUGUGUCUUUAACCUGUGAGGCGUAUACAUUGCCACCCCUGCCACAAUUCAUGCAGUGCUGUUGACGUUUCUACCUCACUCUUGUCAGCCUAACCUAACCAGUUGCAAUCAAGUCGACCCUGACACCUGGCAGUCCCAUGUGUGUUAGUGGACCUAGGCUCCAUAGCGUUUUCAGUGGCUGGUUUUUCAAAGUAGAUUGUCAGGCCUUUCUCCCGAGGUACCACUGGGUGGACUUGAACCUCCAACCUUUCUGGUAGCAGCCAAGGGCAUUAACUGUUUGUGCCACCCAAAAGCAGUCUUGUCAGGCUACAUGUCUUUAUUCCACUGGUGAGUCAGUAUGACCUUUCAGACAUGCACAUGACUAUGCCUUGCUCCAGAAGAUUGUACUUUAUCUGCUAGCCUGCUGAUUUUACCUAUUUCUGCUGGUUUGGGCACUGCUCACUGAGAUCACAGGAAAUGCUGAUUUUCAAAGGUCCUCAUCUUAUGCAAACCAUACAAAAGCAGUGACAAGGGAAAAGGAAUUCUAUAAGCAAGAGGAUGAUUGCUACACUGGGGCUAGAACCACAAUGUGGCUGAGGCUUUUUGUUGUUGUUGUUUAAGCCACUGUGUGGAUAGUGGCAAAAGCAUAAAUUUUCAGGAUAAAUAAAGUGACAAGUUUUGAAUGACAAAAAAGGCAUGAAUUCUUUUUUACUUGUAUGCACCUUCCUUAGAUCCAUAACAUACUUUUAUUUAUCCAGCAUACAUUUAUUUAAUAUUUUCUUUCAGUCUCUCCAGCUGCAGUUUCACGUUGACUACUAACCCCCUGUGGCUUCCCAAAGGGUUUCCUCUAACUUCUCAACACCAGGACUUACACGCUAAGGGAAAAAAAAAAAAGGGGGGGGGGGGAAGGAGACUACCAACGGCCCUUGUUUUUAGUUAUAUAUUUUUAAUGCCCAGUAUGGUUUACCUCUCGAGACAGCACAUGUGGCCCAAUCACCCUAGACUAAGGAAUGAUAUUCUUUAAUCAAAUACGUGUCAGUUUUUUGGUGAAAAUAAAUUGGAUCAUCUCAGAAAAGUUAAAGAUGGUACAUGAACUGAGUCAUCGUGGUAAACAGUCUUGAGAGAGCUUCAAUUAUUAUUUUAGGAUAUCCGUUGGUUUCAGAGUAUCAAUGUCUAUGUUUAUUACAUUCAAAAGAGAGUAAACUAAGAAGGAUUGAGUGUAGCCUAUUGAUGUUUUGAACCAGUUGCUAUCAAGUCGAUUCCAGCUCAGAGCAAAUCCAUGUGUGUCAGAAUAGAGUUGUGCUCCAUAGGGUUUUCAAUAGCUGUUUUUUCAGAACUAGAUUGCCAGGCCUUUCUUUCUAGGUGCCUCUGGGUAGACUAGAACCUCAAACCUUUUGGUUAGCAGCUGACCAUGUUGACGUUCUGUACCACCCAUGGGCUCCACUGAUGUUUUAAAUCCCUGGAAAUUUCCCUUUGAAACCCCAAAUAUUUCACUUCUGGGAACCUAAGUAAAAACUGUUUAGAUCAGUGCUAUCUAAUAGAAAUAUAAUGCAAGCCACAUGUGAUUUUAAAUUUUUUUCUCACAGCCACAUUAAGAUAAACAUGAAAUUGAUUUUAAUAAUGCAUAUUAUUUAACCAAAUAUACCCAAAAUGUUACCACUUCACCAUGUGAUAAACAUAAGAAACUUACUGAAAUUUUUUAUAGUCUUUAUUUUGCAUUAAGCCUUCAAAAUAUAGCAUAUAUUAUUAAAAAAAAAAAAAAACCCACUGCCGUCAAGUCAAUUCUGACUCGUAGCAACCCUAUAGGACAGAGUAAAACUAUGCCAAAGGGUUCCAAGGAGUGGCAGGCGGAUUUGAACUGCCAGCCUUUUGGUUAGCAGCCAAGCUCUUAACCACUAUGCCACCAGGGCUCAGUAGAUAUUAUAAAUAGCACAUCUCAAUUCAGAACAGCCAUAUUACAAGUUCUCAAUAGCUAUAUUUGACUUAAAAAAAAAAAAAAAACAGACCCUUUGGUGUGGAGUCGAUUUUGACUCAUAGCAACCCUAUAAAACAGAGUAGAAUUGCCCCAUAGGGUUUCCAAGGAGUGCCUGGUGGAUUCAAACUGUCGACCUUUAGGUUUGCAGCUGAGCUCUAACCACUAUGGCACCAGAGUUUCCUAGGGACUACCAUAUUGAACAGUGUGGUCUAGGUACUUGAAACAUUCAUUGGAGGCAGAACAUAAUGGGUAAGAGCAAGAGCAUUUGAGUUUGAGCCAGACAAAUCUGGAUUCAAAUCCUGACAAAUAACUUCAAUUUUCUCAUAUGUAAAAUGGGAAUAAUAACAAUCUUGUUGCAAUGGUGUCAGGAACAAAUAAUAAAACGUGGGUAAGGUAUGUAGUACAUAGUGAGUACUCAAAAAAUGGUAUUGCUUUCCGUGGCAUUUCAAGCGGAAUUGCCCUUCCUGUUUUAGCUAUUUGGAUUCUUGAAAACCCCCGUACUAGCUCACCCUUUAUAUUCCAUAGAUCUCUCUCAUGACUUUCAAAUAAAAUGAGCAGCUUUGAAGACUCAAAGCACCUUUAUCCCCAGAAAAAAAGAUGCCUGCUUGUUUUCAGAGGUCCCAGCCAGGUGGCAAAGCUCUCAUUCCAGCAAAAGGAAAAAUUCCAGGAAUAAGCAAGAUAAAAGCAUUUCAGCAAAUAAUUACAAGGACUGGACAGAAAUGAAAUUCAGAGAGAAAUUGUGUUUUCAGAGUGAAUCCAGGGCUUUAAAACUAAGAACGGCCUGUUGUUCAUUCUAAGUCUAGCUUCUCAGUACCUAUCAAAUGAGCUGCUCUUUAAAUUCAUACCUCAUUUUUCCCCUUCCAGGAUGGGUUCCUAUGAAUGCUGGGCAAAUGGUAUAAAAAUGAAAACAUUCAUUUUUUUGUUCGUGACUUUAAUUUGCCAAUAGAAACCAAGGUACAUCUAAUAGUCCUCACUGUGAGCUUAAUGGCAUGGCCAUAUCCUACAGUUGGUCUCUCAGCAGCGGGAUUUAUAGGCCAGAAAAUGAGUUUGAUGGAAGAAACGUCCUUUGCUGUUGAGUCAAUUCUGACUCAUAAUGGACCUAUAUGACACUGUAGAACUGCCCCCAUAGGGCUUCCUAGCCUGUAAUCUUCAUGCGAGCAGAUUGCCAAGUCUUUUCUCCCAAAGUUGCUGGGUGCGCUCAAAUCGCCGAUCUUUUGGUUAAAACCCAAGCGCUUAACAGUUGCACCACCAGGGCUUCCAUAAUAGAAGAAAUAGCUUAUAAAAUUUAAAAGCAAACUGCUACCUAAUUUGUUUUCUUCCCUCCCUUCCUAUUACAUGUUCAGCAUUUUAUCUUUAGAUGUACCAAAAAAAAAGCCAAACCCGUUGCCAUCAAGUUGAUUCUGACUCAUAGUGACCCUAUAGGACCGAGUAGAACUGCCCCAUAGGGUUUCCAAGGAGCAACUGGUGGAUUCAAACAGCCGACAUUUUGGUUAGCAGCUAUAGCUCUUAACCACUGCGCCACUACGGCUCCAUAAUCAAGUACUUGAAAAUUAGGAAAACAUCACUGGAGAAUUAAUGCGAGUUCAUAUAGGGCACUGUCUCUUGAGUCAUCAGUGGAGCUCUGUUUUCAGAUUCAGUUGUCCUAAGCAGAGAAAAUUCCUUGUGUGUGUGUGGUAAAAUACACAUAAUAUAAAACUUACCAUUUUAAAGUGAACAACUCAGUGGCAUUUAGUACAUUUACAAUGUUCCAUAACCAUCACCACUGUCUAUUUUCAGGACAUUUUCACCACCCCAAAAGGAAACCCUGUACUCCUUAGGCAGUCACUCCCAUCCUCCUCUCCUCCCACACACUAAAAAAAAAAAAUCCACUACCUUCAAGUAGAUUUUGACUCAUAGUGACAGAACUGCCCAAAAGGGUUCCCAAGGAGCAGCUGGUAGAUUCAAACUGCUGACCUUUUGGUUAGGAGCCCAACAUUUAACCACUGCACCACCAGGGCUCCAUCUCCUCAGUCCCUAGUAACCUCUAAUCUACUUUCUUUAUCUGUGGAUUUGCCUAUUUUAGGCAUUUCUUAUAAAUGAAUCAUACAAUACACGGGCUUUUGUGUCUGACUUCUUUCACUUAGUAUAAUGUUUUCAAGAUCAUCUAUGUUAUGACAUGUAUCAGAACUUCAUUUUUCUUUAUAGCUGAAUGAUAGUCCAUCAUGUAGAAAUGCCACAUUAUGUUUACCCAUCAGUUGAUGGACAUCUGAGUUGUUUCCACCUUCUGGUGAUUGUGAAUAGUACUGCUGUGAACAUCCGUAUACAAGUAUCUGUCCCUGCUUUCAGUUCUUUCGGGUGUGUAUCUAUGAGUGGAAAUGCUGAGUCAUACAGUAAUUCUGUGUUUCACUUUUGAGGAACUGCCACUGUGUUUUCCACAGAGGCUGCACAAUUUUACAUUUCCACUAGCCGUGCACAAGGGCUCUGGUUUCUGCACACCUUAUCAACACUUGUUAUUGUCUUUUUGAUUCUAGUCAUCCUAGUGGGUGUGAAGUGGUAUCUCAUUGUGAUUUUGAUUUACAUUUCCCAGUGGUUAAGAGGUUGGCUGCUAACCAAAAGGUUGGCAGUUUGAAUCCACCAGCUGCUCCUUGGAAACCCUGUGGGGCAGUUCUACUUCGUCCUAUAGGGUCACUAUGAGUUGGAAUCGACUCAAUAGCGAUGGGUUUGAUUUUUUUUUUUUUUUAAUGACUAACAAUGUUGAACAUCCCUUAUAGGCUUAUUGACCCUUUACAUAUCUUCUUUGGAGAACAGAGGCAGUCUUUAUCAAUCCAAAAAAAAGAGAAAGUAAACAUGCCAUCAUGUAAAAAAACCUAGGUGCCUAUCAGGUAUUUCAAACCCAGUGUAAUAACUCAAGAAGAAAAUAUAGCCUGCUUGCAGGAACCAACUCUAGGAGCAAGACAUAGAUUCUGUUGUCAGAAUCAGGUUAAGACCUGGUAUAAUCAGAUCCUUCAGGGCUUGUACCAGGAAAAAAAAAAAGCACUAGCCUUCAGUUUUACUUUUAUGUGCUUUUGCAUAUUUACUUGAAAGUA